AGCCAUUUAUUUCUUUGAAAAGGAAAUUGGUUAGUUACCCAACGCGAAGGGGAGCAUAGAACCAAAGAUGUGUAUCUCUGUGUUCAUAUGGCAAGCUCAUCCCAAGUACCCCUUCUUAAUCUUAUGCAACAGGGACCAGAAUUAUUCUCGCCCGACAUACCCCUUGGCAUGGUGGUGGGGAGAGGAAACGAUAUUGGGUGGUAAGGAUGGGCUCGGCGGUGGAACGUGGUUGGGUUCGACGAGAAAUGGCAGGAUCGCGUUUCUCACUAAUUUUAGGGAAGUUGGGACCCUUCCACACCCCAAAACUAGAGGAGAAUUGCCCCUUCUUUUCCUUCAGAGCAAUAAGAGUCCCCAGGAGUUUGCAGAGGAAGUUGUGAGAGAGGCACAUCAGUACAAUGGGUUUAACCUUGUGGUGGCCGAUAUUUCCACCUCCACCAUGGUUUAUGUGUUCAAUAGACCAGAUCGAGAUAACCCUUCUUUUUCUCUAGUGACCCCGGGAAUUCACGUGUUGGCUAAUGCAUCUCUGGAUGCUCCUUGGGCAAAGGCUAAACGGAUGCGCCAAAGUUUCGAAGAAUUGAUUGAGGAAUAUGGUGAAAGUGAUCUUCCCAUCAAAGAAAUGGUUGAGAAACUAAUGACAAACAGAGUGAAAGAUGAAGAGUGGAUGCUACCUGGAGUUCAGCCUCGUGAACGAGAACAUCCUUUGAGUGCUAUAUUUGUUGAAACAGAAUUGCCAUCGGGACUUUAUGGAACUAGAAGCUCUUCUGCCUUGUUGGUGAAAUCAAACCAAGAAGUCACCUUCUAUGAAAAAUAUCUGGACCUGAACCAGGACCCGAAGCAAUGGAAAGAUAAAAUGGUGACCUAUAAGAUCAACGAGAGAUGAUAAAAGGCAGGGAUAUUAUUGAUUUAUUUCGGCUGUUCUGCUUCAAACAUUAAAAUGGAUGCAAUACAAGCACAACUUACAAAAAGGGGAGUAAAUGUUUAAUGACUUCUGGUAGUGUGGUUUAGCCACCACUAGCACCGUUGUCCAUCUGCAUAUUUACUUUUGCCAAACCAAUCUAUAACCUCAGUUACCUAUUUCUUUUGUCGCUUUCAAUAUACUACUUGGACAUUUAUAUUUUAUUAUUGUUGUAUAGGUACAUAAAAAUAUCUAUUUACAGAGCAGUAAUAGUAGGA